CUCGCAUGAGUACACAACUUCUGUUUACGACGAAAAUAAGAUGAAGUCUUUGAUUUAAUGCGAAGAAAACUUCAAACUUAAAAACUCUAACUCUCAUAAUGGCUAGGAUACCGUAAUGUGAGUUUCCAGCCCUUUCUGAAAUGUCAGGAAGCCAGUCAUACCGAUUCGCAGAUUACUUUGCCGCUUGUGGACUAGAUGAGAAAUCGGGACUAGAACCUGAAAAUGGAGACGUUGUUGGAUCAGUUUCACCAUUUGAGCAAAGAUAUAAAGCAAGUGCAUUGUUUCAUGCCCCAAAAGAUGUUUCUGGAAAUCCUUUUGAUGCAAAUGGAGUGCGCAUGCUUUGUUUUCCAAGAGGCUUGAAAUUCUAUGUGAACAAGCAGCCUGAACCAUUCUUCCAUUCAUUUAUAUUGACUCGAGAGGAUGGCUCCAGAGUGUAUGGAUGUGCUGUCACAUUUUAUGAGCAUGUACAAAAUGAGAGCAUCUGUGCUGCAAUGAUGAUGUUAUGUACAAUGUUUGUAACAGAGCAAAAUUCUUCUGGUAAACUUGCCGAGAAGUCCGACUCACAGAAUCUAAGAGGCCAAAUAAAGUUGCCUAGAUAUAAUCCGUCAGAAGACAUUUUGUACUGUCCAAAAUGCAUAUGUCUUAUAAUGCAACAACCGUUCAUUGCCGCUGCUGAGAUGUAUCUUCAUGAACUGCUUAAAUCGGCCUUGAAGGAAGCUGAAUCGACUUUGCACUUGGAAUCCUGUGUGUAUAAUUUGCUAUUCGAAGUCCCUGCACCACCUCCAGGGAGGACCCUACGAUUUUCUUGUGGUGGUACUGCAAUAACCUGCCAACAGCCAAACAUCGACGAGUUGCCUCUUUUUGACUACGCACUCAAGGAAAUGUUCCUUACACUUGGCAUAGAGAAUGUUGUUGAUUUGUAUACCUGUGUCUUGCUCGAGCAUCAAGUAUUGUUAGUUGGAUCAGAACUUGACAAAUUCAUGCUGAUAACAGAAGCAUUAACCACACUGCUUUUCCCACUGCAUUGGCAGCACGUUUAUGUGCCAAUACUGCCGUCUAGUCUGCUGCAUUUUCUGGAUGCCCCUGUUCCUUUCAUCAUGGGAGUUUAUUGCCAAACUGACGAUGAUAAAGCUGGCGUAGAAGCCCCGUUUGAGUCAUCCCUGUGCUUGUUGGAUAUUGACGAAAAUAUAAUUGAAUUGCCAGAAGAGAUACCUCACCUCCCUGGCCGUGAUGACCUCAUAAAAGAGCUUGCUGAUGUCCUUUCUAAGUAUGGAGUAAAGCCACCACAGGGAAGCGUAUACCUUCGUGCGUUCAACAGUUCUAAGCCCGAGGAAGACUAUGACAGCAACUCAAGCUAUGAGAGCCUCGAUACUGAUCUAGAUUGCUCAUAUGAGAAGCGUGAGCGCGUUGCACUUAAAAAAGCUACAAGUUUUAAGGGACAGAAAAACAGAGGUCGGCCAUCAACAGGUGAACGACCUACAAUUCGAAGACAUCGUUCUCAUUCAUCAUCCCCGUCAUUGCGUAGAAAGGAAUAUGACGUGACGAAGAAAGAAAGAAACGACAUAAGUUAUAAAAUGCAGCCAAGGAAGUUGAAGGUUUUUGACGAUAAAAGGCAUGUUCCGGGCCAUAAUACAGAUUCUGCUAGUAAAGAAUUGGCUAAUGGGAGUAAGACACUGCCUAACCCAAGGUUAGCAGCAAUGUUGGCCUUGGCCCAAAAGGCAGGGAUUGAUCCGAGUUCGGUCAUGAGCAAAAAUCGUCUUGGCGCCGAUUUGAAUAAACAAACCUUUGUUGGAAGGGAAAAUUUGUUCUUAUACGGGGAAAGAGCGCAGCAAAUUUCAAGAAAAAUACAGCAUAUGAACGAGCUAAAUAUCAUCAUUCGAGAUGUGUUUCUCAACCGAUUUACACAGAUAUUAGUCGAUUAUGAGUCGUUUGUAAUCGUUCCGAAACAGGAUAAAGAGCAAUGGAUCUCUAAUCGAGAACACAUGCAGAAUUUCGACAAAGCUGCCUUCCUUUCUGACCAGUCUACAUCGUCUUUGCCUUUUAUGACUUUAUUUGUGGAGACACAAGCAUUUGCUAGUUUGAUUGACAUGAAAAUUUUGGCUUCAUGGGAAGAUUGUAAUCCGAGGCUAUCUUUUUUCGACAAGAAAAGAGAUAUCUUGAAAGUGAGACUUGGAAUCAUUCGGUCCCAAGUUUACGAAAGAUGCGUUUAUUUUCCAAAAUCGAUUGAAGUUUAUAUCGGUCGUUCGAACCACGUAGAUUACACUGCACAAACACCGCAUGUUUUAAAGCCAGUGCCCAGUAGAGAAAAGGUUCAAGGCUGUUUCCCGACCUUGCAAGUUGAGUUACUAAACGAUACGACAUCUCAGUCAAGAAAAACUGGCAAAAUUAAUUGGAAGAAGCGAGACAAGAAGUUACAACAGCAGGAACAUAUCUUGUUGAACAGGGCCAUCAAAGCAACUCAAGAAGGCCAGAAGAUACGCGAAAAACUUGCAGAGAGAGUCAAAAAAUACAUGCAAGACAGCCGUCUUCCAGUAACAGACAGCAGUACCCCUGGUGGGGGCCAACAAACUUUGUCUGCCUUUGCUGAUCGCUUGCUUAAAGAAUGCAAGAUGAAGACAAAAAGACUUGUUGUGCUAAAGCUCGGAGAAGAGGCAGUUGAGCUUGGACACAGCGAGAAUACGUCGGCAGGUAUCGAAGAGAAUACCCUAAUAGCAAGUUUAUGCGAUCUGCUAGAGAGAGUCUGGAGUCACGGUGUACAGCUGAAACAACUUGAAAUCGGCAGUCGCGGAUCCUCAAAAUCAAAAUACGUUCUCAGAAUGCGACAGUCAAAAUCUGCUCUGUGGUCUCAUUUGCUGGCAUUCCAAGAAAGAGAGAAGCUCAGGCUAGCGAGAGAAUUCGGACUCGAAGAAUCUCCGAAAAUUGAAGAUGAGGUGAAGAAGAUAAUAAUUGAUUUGCAAGGAGGGCGCAGGCUAGCCAGUCUUGACGUCAUGGCGGAGAUGAGUCGCAUUAAAAGGCGAGCUAGCCCAGAGCCAGCCUUUUCUCCUAGUACCAGGCUCCGCAAGCUAAGUAUAGAUAGCUCUGGUUCAAGAGCAAAACAGUAUUCAUUCGACAUGCAAGCACAAUCCAGUUUGGAUGCAAUGAUCUCCGCAGAAAUUCUGACUCGCGUAAACUUUUUGUGUGACUUGAGGACUGUUCAGAAAAUGGCUGAAAUCAAAACAGAUACUGGUUAUGCAAGAGCGUGGACGAGACUGUCACUUGAGAAGAAAAUUUUAUCGACGCAGUUGAAAAUGCUGCUUCGGGAUCGGGAGCUCCUUCAGAUGCGAUAUAAAGAUUAUGCUUUCAUUAGGACUGAGGAUGAAAUGGAGCAGUUUUUGUACCAUCUUUUGUCUCUGAAUGCAGUUGAUUUCUACUGCUUCACUCACGGUUUUUCAAAUACAACAAUGUAUUAUAGAGUGUCCGUCGUUUCAACAAAGACAAUCGGCUCAAUUUCAACCGCGAAUGCCUGGAUACGGGUGUCUGGAGAUCUAGCAGAAACACAGUCAGUUCACAUACCCAAGAAUGAAAAAGAGGUUGUCUUCAAGCACCAAAAUCUCGGCAUUCUAACAGCACUAAGAAUUGGACAUGACAACUCUGGUCUUUCGCCUGGAUGGUUUGUGGAUUCAGUCGAAAUUUUGAAUGAAACAACUGGACAGCAAUAUAGUUUUCCCUGCAACCGCUGGCUUUCACGAAAUCAGGACGAUGGAAGCACAGAAAGGCUGUUGAUUGCAGAAAUACAGCGGGAGCUACCCCUAGAAGAUUCCAGCAGAAUAUCGCGCUCGGCAGAAUCAUCACCCUGUGGAACACUGACAAGAACAACUCCGACACACCGAAAAAAAUCGACUCCCAAUAUGAAGAAAAAUAAAAAUCAAGGUUUAACUGUUUCUGAGAUACAAGAGAAAGUUGCAGAUUCUGUUAACGCCUUAGUCAAGUAUUACUACAGAGAGAAAGAGGAGAGCUUCACAUACCUGCUACGUGGUGAUAACGGAUUUUGUGAAUGCAUGGAAUUGGUCUUCUGGUUUGGGUUUAAAAGCUCGAGAUUGUUCGGGAGAAAUAUGUUCCUCUGGGACUUUCUUGAAAAAGUCUGCAAUGAGUUUUCUGGAGAUAACGACAGUUUUUCAAGUGAAGAUAAACGAGCAAAGAAAUCAUUGUGUUCACUGGUGCAGAAAGUCAACACAUCCCCUCAGUCAAUUGGAAAAAAUGAAAAGUUUCAACUAUGGAUCUGCAUCGGUCUGCGGGAUCACCUUCUUCAAAGCUGGCUAUAUUUAAUUUCAAGAUCUAACUCAGCUGUUCAUAUGUAUGAAAAGAAUUCGUUCAUCCUAAACAAAGAACUCUGUAACUUCGUGAUUGAUGUACUAGAUGCUGUGGCUGAGUUCGAGAUCGUCCUAGAAGCUUCAAUAACAAGUGGAAUCGCAUAGGUAUUUAAUUAUCUUAAAGUAGAUAUUAUUGAAAUUGAUUUCUUGAUGAUAUAGCCUAUCUUUAUGCAGCCAUGUCUGUUCAAAAUAGCUUCAACCUCUGGAUAUGGGAAUGCAUACUUUUUAAUGUCACAGUUUUAUUUCUUUCAAUUAGAUAGUUUUUCAACUUUUGUUUGGUAGGAGAAUAUAAUCAGCAACGAUCACCUUGGCAGGUUUUCUUUCAGUUGAUCUAAGACUCAAGCUUUUUGUGGCUUGUUCUUAAGGCAAUAUAAACUUAUUGCUAUUUGGUCUUAGUAAUAGUAUCAUGAUGUUAUGAUGACCUAUCAACGUGAAAGUGACAAAACAGAAAAUCCUUUCACUUCUUGAAACAUUUGAUGUGUUUUAGGCUUUUUAUAUGCAUUUCAGAAAUAUGGUAGAUUAAGCAAGCAAUUUAUAACAUAGGCAUAACAUCUAGUCAAUCUUAUAUAAUUUUUAGAUUAAAAUAUUUUUUUCUAACAGUAAUUGUUGCUUGGAAUUGAUCUGAAGUGAUUGAAAAUUAAUGGCCAAUGGUUAGACAUACCACUUCUAAAAUCUGUGUUUCUUUUACAUUUUAAAAGUUUAAAGAAAGGUGUCUUACCGUCUUUAACUUUGUAACCAUUAUGAUGAUCAUCAUCAUCAUCAUCGUCAAUUCUCAUCAUCAACCAUUGUCAUUUAUCUCCAUCAAGUGUUUUGAUUAGCUGUUAGUGACCUAAGAAAUCUAUAUUUACUUGUUCGCAAAUUCGUUGUUGGUUAAUUUGUAAUUUUUACUAUCUUUAGAUAUGAUGUGAUCAUGAAUAUAGAAAUCUAACGAAAUCGUAUUUAAUUGUUAUUGAUUAUAAUUUAUAUGUUACUGAGAUUUUGCUUGAAUUUUAUAAUGUAAUAUAUUGCCUCUCAUCGGGUACUCGUU